UAAGGUUGUCCCUCAUGCUACGCCACCGUAAGUCAGUUAUAUUCUUCUGGAUCUGUGUGUUUACAUUUUCGAAUGUUGACAUUUGCUGUUCGAUUUUAUUUGUUUUAAAUUUGAGUUCAGAUAGUGUUUUUGAUGUGCUAAGUUUGUUUGAAUGGAAAUCGUCCGCAAUAUCACUAAAUGACUGACAACUUGCUUCUAUUUCGUUCAGGCGGGAGUUCAUGGAUGCAUUUUCUCCUCGCAAGGCAGCCACAUCAGCUUUUACGUGUGAAAGUUCGUUUUGUAUUAUGUCAAGUUUGGACACAUGUUUCUCAAUGGACUGGAGACGAGUAUCCAAUCUUUCGAUCAGUGAAAUAAAAGCGCCAUUGUCCUGUUGGUUUGUGCGCACUUGCGGAUUACCCUGUGUGAACUGCUGGUAUGUGGGUGGGGAAAAAACUCGCGGCCCCUGGGAGCUUUGGGGUGCUGGGCUAUACUGCUGCUGGAUCAUGUGCGGGGCGUACAUAUUUGUAUGGUUCGGUCGCUGUGGCUUAUGUGCAAGGCUCAAGCAAACCAGCAAAAAUAGUGUGCUGUAUAACUACUGUUUUGCUGAUAUUCUUUUAUAUGUUCCACAAGAACGUAUUUGUGAUUGAUGACCGACAGCACCAGAAGGGCCAAUACAUGCCAUCCCCUAAACAAUACGGCGGGGCUCUUGGAUUGCAACUCAGAGGUCGCCUUGGUAAUCAGAUGUUUCAAUAUGCAUCCAUAUUGGGUCUGGCAUCUAUGAUGAAGUUUGAAAGAGUUAUCAUUGAAGGAGGUCAUGAACUGAGGGACACAUUCAAGUUUGAAAACGACAGGGUAGAGUUCGGGAAGGUCCCGGCAUACUGGAAAGUAGUCAAAUCGACACAAAGUGGAAUGUUUGACGAAACUUUAACCCAGCUUAAUAAUAAUAGUGAAUUACAAAUUGAAGCUUUCUUAGAAUCGUGGAAAUAUUUUCAAAUGAUUGAAAGUACAGUCAAAAAAGAUUUUACAUUCAAAUCGACUGUUAUGUCAAAUGCGCAAAAGUUAUUGAACGCAACCAUUGUCAAACAGGCGAUCAACAUAUCAUUUACAAAUGUCACGUACGUAGGUGUUCAUGUACGACGAGGGGAUUUUCUUAAUGUGGCGGCAGUGCAGAAAGGAUUAAUGGUCGCACCAAUGGAAUACAUUUUAAAAGCGAUGAGAAUUAUGCAUAUUUUAUAUGGUCCCGAUAUAAUUUUCAUAAUUUGUUCAGACGACAUCCCGUGGGUGAAGAAAGCUAUCUCUGACCAAGGACAUAUUUCAGAUUACACCUAUGUUUUCAUGGAGAAUAAUCCACCAAAUGUUGACCUGGCGGUACUCAGUCUGUGCAACCAAACCAUCGCUACAACUGGGACGUUUAGUUGGUGGGCUGCCUGGCUCGCAGGUGGGACAACCAUUUUUUAUAAACACCAAGCCAGACAGGGUUCCGAGUAUAGACAAAAAUUCAACUAUGACGAUUUCUUUUAUCCACAUUGGAUAUUACUAGAAUAGUAUAAACCCAGUUGAUUGUUAAUACUAUCCAACGCCAAGAAGCACAUACGUUUACUACAAGACCUUUCAUUUAAACGAACGAAGUGUAAGUUUGCGAUCCUUAAUCACCAAUCAUACGUGUUAGUUUGAAAACAUGCUUGCUUGAAUGAACUGAUAUGAAUUCAAUUUUAAACGAGUUUAAUCGUGUCAAUAAAAAUUACUUAAACAUAGGUUCACGCUGUUCAUUUAUUAUUAGUUCUUUAAUAAUUUUGAUCACUUAAUAUUAUAUUUCUGUGGUGUUUGAUGCGCAAAUAAAAACGUAAAAUGUUAAAAGAAAAUUAAAGUUUUAUAUACGCUAGUGAGGCACAUUUACAUCCUUCUUUCUUUUAACGUUUAACUUUUAACAAUAAUAGAUAAACAUAGUUAAAUAUCAGAUAAAUGAACUCAUAUAAUAAUAAUAAUAUGUGCCUGAAUAAAACAAUCUAAAUCUAAUCAAACAGUUAAAACACGGGUGUACAUAUUCUUUAUUUAAAAUUGCAUUACUCUCCUAAAAUGUCUACGACUGGGAAUCGGUGGUUAUCCCAUAUAACUAUAUUUACGCCGUUUUGUAAAUCUCUGGUGAAAAGAGCAAGAUAAAACUAGAUUCUUAGUUGUUAUUGUUAAUUAAAGUAUUGAAAGAACAUUUUACCGAACGACUUUUGUUUAUGUCUAUGAUAAAUGCUUUACAGGCUAUUGAUAACAUUAUUUGAAGAAAUAAAUCGCAUAUAAAUUCGUACUUAAGGCCGCCUUUUGUUGUUUUGGUGAAACAAGAAUUACUAAUUAAAAAAUAAUCAAGAAAAACGUCUUUGCCAUUAGGUACAACAAAUUUACGUUUGUUAAUAAAAAUUAAUUUUGCAAUUUUUUGACGAAGAUUGCCAUGUUAAGUCUGCAAUAAACGUUAUAUGUUAUACAAAAUGUCUAUCACAUCACAAUAUAUUGUAUGUAUUAUUAUCCACAAGCAGUCGAACUAUCAGUAUGAUUUAAACUUAGUACGCUCAGGUGGCACACGGAGCGGACAAAUUAAUUUGUGACCACUUACAAUUAUCAAACAAACUAUUUAACAAACAUAUAAUCAUCUACAAACACAUCAAACAUUAAUAAAUACAGUGGUGUCCACAGACUUGUCAA